CCAGGAUUUCUCAAUUCUUACAAUUCGCACAACUUCAGAAUCUCCUCUCCUUGUUCAACUUGAUUGACAAAAUGGCUUCCAAGACAUUUGCUAGAACCCUGCGCACUGCUUCCAAGCAGAAGCUCUCGACUCCCUCCGUCCCCAAGCGGUCGUUUGUCUCUGCCGGAGCAACCAGACCCGUUGUGGCAGCUUCUCAGAGAACCUCAUUCGCAGCUCCCGCUCAGCAACAGACAAGAGGUGUCAAGACCAUUGACUUUGCUGGCACGAAAGAAGAGGUCUACGAGCGUGCUGACUGGCCUCGCGAGAAACUCCUCGACUACUUCAAGAACGACACCCUAGCACUGAUCGGCUACGGUUCGCAAGGCCAUGGUCAAGGUCUCAACCUCCGUGACAACGGCUUGAAUGUCAUCAUCGGUGUUCGAAAGAACGGAGCUUCAUGGAAGGAGGCAGAACAAGAUGGCUGGAUCCCAGGCAAGAACUUGUUCGAGGUUGACGAGGCCAUCUCCCGGGGAAGCAUCAUCAUGAACUUGCUCAGUGAUGCCGCCCAGAGUGAGACCUGGCCAGCUAUCAAGCCCCAAUUGACCAAGGGAAAGACCCUGUACUUCUCCCACGGUUUCUCUCCCGUCUUCAAGGACCUUACCAAGGUCGAUGUGCCCAAGGAUAUCGAUGUUAUCCUCGUGGCCCCCAAGGGUUCCGGCCGAACUGUCCGAUCCCUCUUCCGUGAAGGUCGAGGCAUCAACUCCUCCAUUGCCGUGUUCCAGGAUGUUACCGGCAAGGCUAAAGAGAAGGCUAUCGCCAUGGGUGUCGCAGUCGGUUCCGGCUACCUCUACGAGACCACAUUCGAGAAGGAAGUCUACUCUGACCUGUACGGUGAGCGAGGUUGCUUGAUGGGUGGUAUCCACGGCAUGUUCCUCGCCCAGUACGAGGUUCUCCGCGAGCGUGGUCACUCACCCUCGGAGGCCUUCAACGAGACUGUGGAGGAGGCCACCCAAUCCCUGUACCCUCUCAUUGGUGCCAACGGUAUGGACUGGAUGUACUCUGCUUGCUCGACCACCGCCCGUCGGGGUGCCAUCGACUGGCAAGGCAAGUUCAAGGAUGCCCUCAAACCCGUCUUCAACGAUCUGUACGACAGCGUGAAGAACGGCACCGAGACCAAGCGCAGCUUGGAGUACAACAGCCAAAAGGACUAUAGACAGAAGUUUGAGAAGGAGAUGGAGGACAUCCGGGGCAUGGAAAUCUGGCGUGCCGGAAAGGCUGUCCGCUCUCUGCGACCAGAGAACAACUAAGCUACCUUACAUCUGGGUUGGGUACCUUAAGUAGUUGUGAGGGGCUUACGCUUUCCAGUGUAAUUCAGAAGAUAGCACGGCGUUAGUCAAAAGUGAACUAUGUAUCAAAUGGUGGUCAUUGUUUAUCUUUUUUUCCAGAGAUGAAAAGAAUGAACCAAAAAGGAUCGAGAUUCUGGAGUAAUGCCAAUUGAAUGUUCAUUUGCUUUUGCCUUGAA